UGUCCAAAAAAACGCCAUAGUAUACUAUGUCGAAAAAAAAGACAUUUUUUCAACAUGUUGUAAAAACAUGCCAUAUGAUGAAAUAAUGUAAAGUAGGCCGUGAAAAACAUUAUAGAGCAGGUUUCUUUGAAAAAAAUCAUCAUGAAUUUUGUCCAAAAAUUCGUGGUGACACAAAGUGAGAUUCACAUAAAGCAAAGGUUUUUCCAGGAGGUGUCCAUCUUUGCUUUGGAAGACAGUCAACUAAGGUAUGACGUCAUGUUCAGCUCUGCCUUUCAACGUUCAACAGCAUGCAGCAUUAGUCUGCCAGUUUGUAACGUUGGAGUUGGGUUUGCACAAAGGGUCACAUGAGGGGCCAUUAGAUGAAUAAUGGAGGUGAAAAGAAGGAAAAACUAUGUUCUGAUACAAACAUCUGUAAUAUUGUACUUAUUUGGUUGUUUAAACUGUGUUAAACACUUUACCUGACAUUUUAAUGUUAUUAAGUCUCCAACAGACACUGGUCAGUUUAUGGGGUGGGAUACAAGCCAUACAUGUUGAUUAAUUUUUCACAGUUUGCUGUAUUUUAAAAAAAAUUUCACAAUUCAUAUCUAAAAUGUAUAAGGUCGCAAAAAAUGGAAAUGCAAAUGAAAUACAAAUUCAUCAAAAUUGAACCUAAACACAGUACAAAUUGCCAGCUUUCCUUUACAGCAACAAAUUCAACAUUUACUUUACCUUAGCCUUUAUUAAGAAGCAAUGAUCUCAGGAUCCACUUAAAAAGCUGCACUUAUCUUGAAAGUCAUUCUUCUAAAAGUUCCUGUUUAACACCCUUUUUAAAAAUCUAGAACCAAGAGGGACCAAUAAAAAGAGCUGAAAGCAAUUAAUGCUUUAAUUUCCAUGGCUUUUACAAGCGUCGUCGCUAAACAGCAACAAUUCACAUGCUGCAAAUGAGCACCGAGUACAUUGCACCUCAUAAGCACGUCUCGUGUCUGCGUUCCGAGGACUUUUUCCUGAAUGGCAUGCCAUAUGACGCCACUUCCACUCUUUGGCAGCGCAUCACCCUGCAAUCAGCAACUGUUAAAAAGUUACAAAACUGAACCAGAAGUUGAACCUAGAGGGAGCGCAGCAUCUGGCACUGUCCUGUGUCAGUUGGGGGAGACGGAAACAGCGAUUCAGACAGAGAAAGACCGAAGAGGGACCAAAGAAGGACACAACAGUUUACAGAAGAUAAUUAGAAAUGUCUUUGCAUGUUUAACACAUGAAUAAACAGUUAAUAGAAUCUUGAGGUAAAGUAAUGAAUGUUUCAAACUAGUUUCCCAUGUUUUGAAUUUUAGGAAAAAAAAAAGUCACAGAAGACAAAAUAUGAAACAAAAAGUACUUAAAAGGGCAUUCUGAUGUGUUGAAAGUCUGUCACGGAAACCAAAAAAGGCAUUCAAAAAUGGCAACAUGCACGAACACACCUGCUCUGUGGAUAAAUGUAACUUCGCUGGAGCAAAAGAGGGUUACAAAGAGGCAGAAAAAUUGAACUAAUAAUGUAAAUUAGUCAGAAAUUAUGAGAUCCUGCUCGGAAGGACAGGAAAACACCCUGUUAUUUUCAGUAACCACAGCUACAAGCACACACUCCCCACCUCCCCCUGCAUGUGUGUCUCCACCCCCACCGUACCAUCACCUUUUUUUGGACGAUGAUAUGGGGGACCCAGAUGUUACGUUUCACCGGCCAAUGGUGAGGAGAGAGGGGCUGGAUUGGUGUGCACUCCUGAUGCCCCCUCUUUUAAAAAGCUCCUGUCUCCAACUCGGCAGCUCGACUCACAUGAGAGGCAGCAGAGGCGAGACUCCGCAGCAUCACUCUCACCUGAGGAGCUGAAGAGACAGCUGAAGAACCGACUGACUUUUUUUUUUUUGUUGCUUUUCUUUAGUUUGUCUCAAUGCUGUAGAAGAUCAGAGAAAAACUAGAAAAUCUUCUGCAACUGAGAGCGUUGGCACAAUGUUGGAAUUAAAUAAGGUGGCACUCCUGCUGUCUUUCCUGGCCUCGGUGGCUCUGGGCCAAGGAUAUCUGUGGACCAGAAGCCAGUCAGACCGGAGCAGAAGAGUGGCCCUCAACACAUUCACUGACUCUCAGACAACAGGUGUGACUGAGUGGACGUCUUGGUUCAAUAUCGACCAUCCUGGGGGAAAUGGAGACUACGAGCGCCUAGAAGCCAUUCGUUUCUAUUACAGGGAGAGAGUCUGUUCACGGCCUACAGCCAUGGAGGCUCGCACCACGGAUUGGGUGGCAGCGGCAGACACCGGGGAGGUGGUUCACUCCAGUCUGGAGAAAGGCUUCUGGUGCAUCAACAAGGAACAGCCCCAAGGUCGCGUCUGCUCCAACUACCAUGUCCGCUUUCAGUGUCCCCCAGUGCAGAGCUACUGGACUGACUGGAGCGAAUGGGGUCCCUGUUCGACCACGGUUUGCGAUGAUGUCGGCAUCCAGGUCCGCCAGAGGAAAUGCGUGAGCAGUCAGCCCAUGCCCCUUCUGUUGGUGCCAGCAUGUCAAGGGCAUCAUUCGGAGAGAAGGGAGUGCUCCAACCCUCCAUGUACAGCCAAGUGGAGUCCGUGGGGACGCUGGGGUUCGUGUUCAGUGACCUGUGGUGGCGGGCGCAGGAUCAGAAGAAGAACCUGUGUGAGAUCCUCAGCGACAGUCCAUUGUAGGGGACGGCCUGUUGAAAUACAGAAAUGUGGAAAGAGUCCAUGCCCAGUGAAAUGCCAGCGUGUAUGCACUGAAGGUCAUCCCAGUGAGGACUGCAGCCGCUGUGUAUGUGAAGGCCACAUGCUGCAUGGAGACGUCCACACCGUGACCGGCGUACCUGUGGCUGGAGCCUAUGUGGCUCUGGCCAGCCAUCCUAAGAUCAUUCGUGCUCAAACUGAUGCCAAAGGUCAGUUCAGGCUCCCAGGGGUUUGCUCCUCCAGUUCGACUCUGAUCGCCAUCAGGAAGGAGAAGUUUGUCCCGAUCACCAUCUCCACCUCCAGCAACACCACUGGGUUGUCCUGGUUACAGGCUGUCCUCAGAUCAGCCGAGAAGCCAUACAUUGUGAAGCACCCAGAGGACAAAGUGCGCUAUGAGGGAGGACGGGUGCUGCUGUGCUGCAAGGCAACGGGUUCACCAGCACCUGACAAAUACUACUGGUACCAUAAUGGGACUUUGCUGGACAGGAAGGUGUACAAGUAUGAGGAGGAUCUUGUGCUGCGGGAUCUGAAGCCAGAGCAGUCAGGGGAGUACUACUGCAAAACCAGCAGCCCUGUAGGCAGCAUCAAGUCAUCUGCAGCCCUCCUUACUGUGAUUGCCAAAGGAACACCAGCAUGUAAUUCUACCCCUGAGACGCACCUCAUCAGACUACCGAUGGACUGUGUUCAACCCGGGACUCACUCCAAGUACUACAACGCCGGCCGCUGCCCUCACAACAAAUGUGCUGGUUCCCUUGACUUUGACAUGCGCUGCAGAGAUGGAGCUGGAUUCUGCUGUGGGGUGCAAAAUAUGGAAAGUCGAGUCAUUGACUGCGGUAGCUAUAGCCUCCCUAUCCGGGCCGUGACACAGUGCAGCUGUCAGAAGUGCAUGGAGCCAACACUGUUGGUUCGCGGUAGAGUGGUCACAGCUGACAAUGGUGAGCCACUGCGGUUUGGGCACAUCUACAUUGGUAAAGAGAGAGUGGGCACCACUGGAUACCAAGGAGGCUUCACGUUACAAAUUACUCCUGACACACAGAGGCUAGUGGUGAAUUUUGUUGACCCUACCGAGAAAUUUCUUGACACUCCAAAGGUGUUCAUCUUUGACAGGAAAGGUGGCUCCAUCUAUCAUGAUGUAAAAGUGAUGAGAAAGCAGACACCAAUUGAUAUCAAUGCAGGAGAGACCAAUGCUAUUAACCUUGGAGAAAUGAAAGGAGAAGACCCAAUAGGGCAGUUGGUGAUCCCUCCCAAUUCUUUCCAUAGAGACAAUGGAGAAAUAUACGAGGGGACAGUUAAAGCCAGCGUCACAUUCAUUGAUCCAAGAAACAUCACAACGGCAGCUGCAACCCCUGGCGACCUCAACUUUGUGGAUGAUGAGGGUGACAUGCUCCCUCUGAGGACCUAUGGCAUGUUCUCUGUGGACUUCAGAGAUGAGACCAACAUGGAGGUUCUUGGAGCUGGAGCAGUCCAAGUCCUUCUUGACACACAGCAUGUCAAAAUGCAAGAGCACAUUCCCAUUAUGAAGCUGUGGUCUUUAAACCCCGACACAGGAGUCUGGGAAGAGGAGAGCAACUUCUCUUACAACACGACUACUACUGGUGGUCAUGGGCGGAGCAAGCGUGAGGAGCGAACAUUCCUCAUUGGCAACAUGGAGAUUAGAGAGCGAAGACUCUUCAAUUUAGAUGUGCCUGAAAGCAGACGUUGCUAUGUCAAAGUCCGUGCGUACAUGAGUGACAAGUUCUUACCAAGUGAGCAGCUAGAGGGUGUCGUGAUCAGCUUGAUAAAUCUGGAGCCAAAGCCUGGUUAUUCUUCCAAUCCCAGGGCAUGGGGUCGUUUUGACAGUGUCAUAACUGGGCCCAAUGGAGCCUGUUUACCAGCUUUCUGUGAUGCCCAGAGGCCCGACGCCUACACAGCUUACGUCACAGCAAUGAUGGGUGGUGAAGAACUAGAAGCAGCUCCUUCAUCCCCAAAGAUGAAUCCAAACAUCAUCGGAGUCUCUCAGCCCUAUCUGGAUAAAAUAGAUUACCAGCGUUCAGACCACGAUGAUCCAGCUCUGAAGAAAACAGCAUUCAAGAUCAACUUAGCAAAGCCUAACCAAAACAAUCUGGAUGAGACCAAUGGGCCAAUAUACCCAUAUCAGAAUUUAAUAGCUUGUGAAAAUGCCCCCACCGAUGCAAAUCAUUUCAGAUUUUUCCGAGUGGAAAAGGACAAGUAUGAAUACAAUGUUGUCCCUUUUGAAGAGAACGAUUUGACAACCUGGACAGGAGACUACCUCUCCUGGUGGCCCAACCCUCAGGAGUUCAGAGCAUGCUUUAUCAAGGUCAAGAUCCAUGGGCAGAAGGAAGUGAUGAUUAGGUCUAGGAAUCAUGGAGGGACACACCCAGAGACAAAAGACAAACUUUAUGGCAUUAGAGACAUUCGCAGCACCCGGGACAUGCGGGAGGCAAAUACCUCAGCAGCCUGUGUGGAGUUCAAAUGCAGUGGUAUGUUGUUCGAUCAAGAUAAGGUAGACAGGUCCCUCAUAUCAAUCCUUCCACAAGGGAACUGUCGUAAAAUCAACACCAACAGCCUCCUGCAAGAGUAUCUCAUUAAACAUCCACCAGUCGCUCAGAAUAAUCAGUCCCAUGCCUUCACCAUGCUAGCACCUGUUGAUCCUUUGGGACACAACUAUGGCAUCUACACAGUCACAGACCAGAACCCCAGAGUGGCCAAAGAAAUCGCUAUCGGGCGCUGCUUUGAUGGCACCUCCGAUGGUUUCUCCAGAGAGAUGAAGUCAGAUUCAGGAGUGGCACUGACCUUCAGUUGUCCAGAGAGGAAAAUUAACAGGGAGAGCCUUUUCCAGCGUCUGCAGACUAACCCCGGCCAGACGCUGUCUCAGAUGGCGAGGGACAUGAGGGAGUUGGAGGGUCUGCAGGUGCAGAGAUCAUCCACCCAGGUGGUGGCUUAUCCCUCUGAGCAGCGGGGCAGGACCCAGAGUCGCAGCAGAGACAGCUCCACAACCAGGAGGAGAGUGUCCACACGUACGCAGCAACGCCAGUAGAGGUGCCAAGAAGUCUUCCGUUCAAGCCGAUGUGAUGGCAUCUAUUCCUGAAAGUUGUCUGUCUGUUGAUGAGUGUGAAUUCCCUCUUGACUAUGAGAAUCCCAAAACCAAGACAGACAGCGAUUCAGCAAAAUCAUCAAGUAUGAUUGAAGAUAUUCGUUAGUGUAAUGCUUACUUGAAGGGUUUGGUAUAUUAUUAAUGUCUUCCUUCCCUCCUAAAAGACAAGCAUCAUUUGUCUUUAACUCAGUGACUGGCAUUUAUUUAAUUGGCUUUGGUGUCAUUUUAUGAAUGAAUACUCUAAAUUGACAGCUGAGAUUGUAAGUUUUAUAGAGCUCAUUUGCAACAUUCCACUUUCCCCAAUGGUGGGUGUUUUUUGCUGACAACUUUCAAUGCUUGAGUAGAAACCAAACCUUCCAAAAACUGUAAAUACUACGGUAAGCCCCAAACACUUCAUAAUUGGCCAUUCCUUUCCACUGAACUCAUAUUUUUCCUCAAGAUCAGAAAGAAACCAACAUGAGGUCCUUGUUGUCCACAGCAGACACUGAGCCUUUUUUCUUCGAAGUGGGAAAGUCUCUCCACCAAAAGGAGGCACUCUAAAAAGAGACAGUGGGCUGAGGCAUGCCACCCAGGGAACAGAGGAUGUUUUCAGUCAAGCUUUCUCAAUGUUUUUCUUUGACAUGUCACAUUGCCCACUGUGAUUCAGUCAAAGGUCCUUCCACACCUACUUAAAAUGUGCAAGACCGAGGUUGUCGCCAAGACAAACAGGGAUCUCACUACCAGCAGGCAGUUUAAAAAAGAUAAUUGAUUGGGAGGUAUGACAUAAUUUCCCCUUUUUUGCUCUUGCACAUUCCAAAGCCACACAUCACCAAACAAAAGUUACUCAAAACAAAGUCAGUUUCUCAGCAAAACGCUCUUUCAGGGUCUAAUUGAACUUUGUUUUAGUCGUUAGCUGCCUUUGUAUCUUGAAGUGCAAUAACUAUAAUUAAACUUGAGAAUCAGUCAAAUCCAGCAUUUUCCAAACUGUUAUGUUGGUUGAGUGAAACAACAACUCCUUCAGUAUAUGUCACAGACAAUGUGGCAAAGGUGUUUGUACAAGAUCUUGCACAGGACACAUUUUAUGUGAUUUUUAAGUAAAUAUUUCUGCUAUGUAAUCAUUUUUUGAAUCUGUAAGUUUAAUAACAUUUUCAUACUUUCCUGCAUGACUCAAUUUGUACAUCACAUUAAUCUUUUUAGCUUCGGAGUGAUAUUUCGUUAUAGGGCUUGAAACUCUCAGCAGAGGCUUCUCUUCAUUAAUUAAACAAACUGCACAAUUCUUAACCUCUAAGAAUUAGUAGGAGACACACUUCUGGGUUUACUGGCCAAGUUUCUAUAAAUACUGUCCAUGUGACAAAGUGAGGGAUAAUAUAAAACUGAAGUCAGUAAAAAGCAGAAAGUUGACUCCCUAAACAUACUUAUCUGUAACACUGGCUCUUCCAGACCCACGGGACAAAACUCCUCAAGCUGAAAUAAUCCAAAUCCAGAUAAGGGGCACGAAGGUCCUUGGAGAAACAAGAAGAGCCUGACAAUUAAAUAUAAGUCUGCUGUUAAUUAAAAAGUAAUUUACAUAUUCUGUUGCUGACUUUCACAAACAGCCAAACUUUACAAGAAAACAAAGAUAGAACUUAAGUAAUUAAUAAUAUUUUGGGCCCAAGAGUAUUCUGGUCCAACAUAUUGUAAUGACUAUGCUGUUGAUGUUCAUGUUAUGUAAGGGUUAAAUGUUUCAUGGGUAUGAGAGGGGAGCCAUAUGGGCCGCAUGCGUGCGGGGGUGUGAAGAGGGAGAGAUGGGACGUUUUCUUGUGGCUGGAGAGUUCAGCGUGAGUUGUGGCUGUGACAACAGCUCGUUUUGUUGCCUGCUUGUUAAAUAAAAGACCCAAAGGAGAACCGAGGACUCCAGGUGAUUUUCCUGCAGUUAGGGGCAUUACAAUAUUUACCAUCAAAAUGCCACUCAGAUCAUGUUAGAGUUAAUUUUUGGAAAUGUUUUCAAUAUAGUCCACUUAACUUCAUAACAUCUUCAUUUCUAAUGCGCAACAGAUAGCCAUAGCAAAGUUGUGUAAACGAAAACCAUAUCUUGUACCCCACACACCUGUACAUGUACCCACUCUUUCCGUGAGUGAAACACUCCAAAAAAAAACCCUGAAAACUAAAAAAUAUAGAGUGACAGUGUGUGGUACCUUCACCAUUAUCAGUGACCUUUCUAAUCACAGGUCUAUGGGCAGUCCAAGACUGUACAAUUCAGAUCUCCAGACUAAAACAAACACCUCUCAGCAACAUUUGCAGCCCCAUAAGAAAGACGAUGAUCGACUCCAGGUGUGGAAAGAGAUAAGUCCUAUAAAAAUGCAAUACUGUGUGAGGUCAGCUGAGGAGGCCCAACAGAUGUAAGGCGACUGAAGGAAAUGUUAGACCAAAGACAUCAGGAGAAAGAAAAGCAAGAUUAUCUUGUGAUGGAUUUAAUCAUUUUGGGGUGUUUGGUAAAAGGAAAGGGAAAAUAUUAGCGGUCUUUGGCUUUCACAGUCCAUCACUUAGAGGAUCUUGAGCUUUCAAAGUGGUUGCACAUGGAAGAAUGCAGGUUUUCUUCCUAGAAUGCUUUGACAGGAGAAUUGACUUAUUCAUGAGGAGAAGUUAUCAGGGGAGUUUGAAGGACAAGGUAACAAUAAUAGCCUGAGUAAAGCAUUAUGUAAGGCUUUGCAUGGGAAAGCAGACUGUGCUUUCCAAACAGUUACUUUGUCUUUGGGGAACUUCAAAGGAGAUUAAAGAACCUCUGAGAUGGUUGGUUUAAUGACUUAAGAAAAAGUUUCAUAAGUCUUUAAAAUGAAAAAAAGAUGAGUUUAAGCCAGAAUCUAACAGAUAAAACACAUUGCAAAGAUUAUCUCAUUGAAUUUCCAUGGGAAGAGCAGUAGUAGUAGCAACUUUUGGCCUAAUGGGGCUCAAUGUAUUUUUAUUUGACACUUUCAAAUGAAUAGGUCGAUUUUGCGGAAAAUAUGUCAAAAAAGAAAAUGCUUCCAUGCUGAGAGAUCGACGGUAGGAUCAAAAGAACUUUCAGGCCUGACAGUUCAGGACGAGGGUUCAUUUUUAUCACUUCGAUAUUUGCACAAAAACAAUGAACAAGACAUACUUUUAAAGGUGCUGGCGUGCAUAUUUAGCUGCAAACAGAAAACGGAGGCAUUUUUCUUAUAACUAUCUAUUUGCCUUACAGAUGUAAGAGUGGUACCAGUACUCUCAUCUCUUAACUCUUGACAAGAAGACAAAAAAAACAUAUUUGGAUAUGAAAAUGUGGAUUUUUUUCUUUAUGAAUACAGUUUGCUUAUGGUACAGUUGUAGUAAUACUGAAAGAGUGAGUCUUGUGCUUGAAAGAUGUUAUUUUCUUGGGUAUUAUCCAUCCUUUUAGACCAGUUGGCCACAUUUAAGGUGUUUUGUGCCAACUGAAAUUUGAAAAAGGAAUCUGUGAAGCCAAUUUCUUUUCAAAAUACUUGACCUGAUUUUGCCUCUCUGUCACAGUAACGCUUACCGGCACUAUUUGACUUUAAAGCAGAAAAGCACAAAGUCUCGAAACUCCUGCCAGAAACCUCCGACAAUUUCAACUCGAGCAUGAACCGAUUAAUCCAUUUUCUCUUCUCUGCACAGUCCAGCUGGUCUCAGGGAGAUCAUAAUUUAUUCAGAAGGUCAUCCUUGAACCUUUCCACUACUUUCUGGAGUAUAUGGAGAGACGUGUACAUUUGCCACUGUGCCCCAGGAAGCAACCCUGAGUAGUAAAAUAAUUACAUAAAUGAACUCCUGGUAAUACUCUGUAGCGCGAACUAUUGCAUGGUGAUGCUCAUUGCUUUGUUUCUCUCAGAAUUAAAUUUUUAUGUGUAAAUUGUGUAUUGUAUUAAAUCUGCAAUUAUUGUACGAACAAGAAAAUGUAAAUAAAUGAUUUUGUGUUAA